CCCCGCGCGCGGCUCUCUCUCUCUAGGCGAUUUUCGCCCAUUUGGGCGAUUUGCAGAUUCCGGCCGCCAUGGCCGGCGAUCAGCCGCGCCACCCAUCCCAUCAUCUUCCUGACAUCAAGACGAACUCAGAGCACCCAAACUUCCCCGGAAAAGCUACCGGAAAACGCCAGGUCGAAGGAGGCGAUCUCCCUUCUGCGGCGCAAAUUUUUCCGGCCGUCACACUCAUCGGCGAGGCUCCCAGUUGCUCCUGUCGUGUUCCUAACAACCAUACGAGUCCAACGCCACCAGCCAUGCUCCAUUUGGACGCCGGGAACGCCAGAUCGUCGCUGCAACCCGUGGUGGCGGUUUCCGACGGGUUGGAGGUGAUUCCGGCCACCUCCGGCCAAAUUGAUGGCGUCCAACCGCUCAAACAGGUCCCUGGUCUCUCCACGAAGACAAAGGAUCCAUCAAUUUCACAUUUGGAGGCCGAUUUGGAAAACCCCCAAACGACGGAAAUUAGGGUUUUUUCAAGCGUAAAUCCUACAAUUCGACGAGUUCCAGCCAAAAUUGUGAAGAAAGAGUUGCAUAAUCGUGAUCCACACAUCAAGACGAAGCCAUUGGCGUUGGUCUCAUCAAAUUCUGCUCCGGUCACUUUUCCGGCGACGGCCGCCAGAGCUCCGCCGGCGGCGGCGGCGCCGGCCACCGGGAAAAAACCAGAACCUUCAGUUCCUCUUGCUGAUGCCAAAAAACCAGCUCCCAGCCUCGCUCAGGUGGUUUACGGAUCCAAACGCAUUUCUCUUCCUACUUUUGUUACGGAGCCACUUCCGGAUCGUGAGGUCACUAUUCAUCGAGGUUUGCCCGCUGUGAGGUUCAAUGAAUCUGAGGUCAGUGACUUAGCUCUCAUUGACAAGUAUAUUCUGGUUGGAAAAUUUUCUCAUGGGCAACCUAAGUUGGAGGUAAUUAAAGCUCACUUUGCUACUAAUUAUGUGUUUCGUGGAUCUGUUUCUGCGUGAUUCCAAGCAUGUAUUUAUUAUGUUUUCCAACUCCCACGAUUGCACCAAUAUGCUUCUUGAAGGCUCAAUAUUUUUCACUGGGGAUUAUCCGAUGCGUUUAUUUAGAUGGACACCUGAUUUUGAUCCGGAGGUUGAGACCUCACUUGCACCUGCUUGGAUUCUUUUUUAUGGUCUCCCUCUUCAUAUGUUCAAUUUUCAUGCGUUGUCUCUGAUCUGUAAGCCCAUUGGAAAAUUAUUGGGCGUAGAUAAAGUCACUCUUGCAAGGGAGAAGCCUCACGUGGCACGGGUCUGCGUUGAGGUUGAUCUGCUUAAGCCUUUGCUGAAAGAGAUUUUUGUGGGUAUUUCUGAGGUAGUGGGUAAUGAAGAUUGUGGUUUUGUCCAAUCAGUGGUGUAUGAGAGACUUCCUUAUUAUUGUGAUUACUGUUGGAGACAAGGCCAUUCUUCGGAGCGAUGCAAGCUUAAGGCCCAGGAGUCCCAAUCAGA